UUUUACUAAUUUCAUGCAUUUUCUAAAGGUCAAACCAUUAAUUAUAUUUGACCUAUUCUCCCUUUACCCAUACAUUGUUGAGGUGACAACAUACUGACAUCGCAUUAAUUGUACAGCGAGACAUUGUGGCGACGCAGGGAUGCAUUGGAUUUUACUAUUUCCAUGGAUUCGACCAUGAAAUGUGACUCCCAUCCCGUGAUUGGGCAUCCAUCCUAGUUGUAAGCGAACUUCUAAUUGGCUGCAGCGUGACUUCUGCUGCGCUGCUCGUUGUUGUGUUAGAGUAGCCGUGUUCACCGAACGCGUGCUAGCUCAGAAGAAGCUCACCGUCUCCCGGUACUUCAACAUCGCCAACAAUGCAUGUGACAAUGCGCCAAACAUAAAGUUAAAGUAACGUUUGUUUCAAACAUUGCUGAAUAACCGCCUCACUUUAUGUGCGAGCCGGGGUCUACGAAGUGUUCUCAUAAAUGGAGCUUGAGGACCAAUGGUGGAAAGGACAUCUCGCUGCCGAUAUCUACCAUGCUCUACGAUACAAAGAGCUCAAAUUACCCUCCUUCAAAGGACAGUCUCCCCAGCUAAAUUUAAGACGAUACUUCGCAGACCUCAUAGCGGUCGUCUGUAAUCGCUUCAGGCUAUGUCCAGCCGCCAGACAUCUUGCGGUUUACCUGUUGGAUCUUUUUAUGGACCGCUAUGAUAUCACUGUGCAGCAGCUUCACAUGGUCUCCUUGUCAUGCCUUCUUCUGGCCAGUAAGUUUGAGGAGAGGGAAGACCGGGUGCCGAAGUUGGAGAUGCUGAACAGCCUGGGAUGCAUGAGCUCCAUGAACCUGGUGCUCACCAAGCAGGGCCUGCUUCACAUGGAGCUGCUGCUGCUGGAGACCUUCCAGUGGAACCUGUAUCUGCCGACCGCGGCCCACUUCAUCGAGUUCUACCUGUCCAUCGCUGUGCACGAAGCAGACCUCCAUAAUGGUUGGCCUAUCGGCUGCCUGGACAAAACAAAGCUGUUCUUGGCCAAAUAUGCUGACUACUUCCUGGAGGUCUCCUUACAAGACCAUGUGUUUCUGUGCUUCGUCCCGUCACUGGUGGCUGCCGCAUGUCUGGCCUCCUCCCGCCUUAUCCUCCACCUGGCCCCCACAUGGCCCCCCCGCCUUCAGCGUCUCACAGCCUAUACCUGGGACGACCUGGUGUCCUGCACCGAGAAACUCAUGGUUGCACAUGACGGUGAUGUCAAAGAGGCCAACAAGCAGAAGGGUUCUCCUCCAAGCCACCAGCAGCAGCAGCAGCAGCAGCAGCAGCAGCAGCAGCAGCAGCAGCAGCACCAGCUAGCUCCAACCCCCAACUACCACACUUCAGGGCAGGCCAACCCCGUGGCUCAGUACCUCCAUCGGCCCGUGAUGCCCUACCCCCAGCAGACCCUCCCACCGGCCGUAGCCCCCAGCCACCGGUACCUCAACCAGCCCAUUGGCCUGCCGGCUCCCAUCGCCCCCCAGCACAACCACAUCCCCAACGCUACCACCCACCUGGAGUCAAAGGCUAGCAUGUCAAAUCGAGCCUACCAGGUCAGCGUGAAAUACCCCUUUGCUGCUCCCUGCUUUGAUAGGUGAUCAAAGCGGGCGUGUGUGUGUGUGUGUGUGUGUGUGUGUGUGUGUGUGUGUGUGUGUGUGUGUGUGUGUGUGUGUGUGUGUGUGUGUGUGUGUGUGUGUGUGUGUGUGUGAUCUGCGCCUUCUUAAGUUAUCAUGUUGAACGAAGAGGCAUGGUUUUUAUUUUCCUUGUUGGUAUGUAUACAGCACUUUGAUCCUUAGGUAGUUCACAAUGUGCAAUAUACCUACUUGCUGUAUACAAUUUCCAAUAGCUUGCAGUGUUUUUGUGUUUUCUUUUGUUGAAGAGAUUGAGUUGUUACUGAGUAUUAACAAGCAGGAUAUGUGUGGGUUUAGUGCCAGUACGGCUUCCUAUUUUGCCACACAAUUUUGUGCUAGAGACCAAAAGCAGUCCUGUAGCUGUAUUUAUUUAAGCCAAAGUACCGCAGACGUGUUGAAUGUAAGCUGUAUCGUUUCACUUUUUUGUUUUUCUUUGCUACUAUGGGAAACUGGGUAGGAACCGACGGGAGGAACUUAUUUCAGGCUGUGUUCAGCUGUUGACACAGCAUUUUUGUUCUUGAGCAAUGUUACCUUGAUGAACCUGUUCCAGAAAUUGUAGAACGUAUUCUGGAACUUUAAAGAACAUAUGUUAGAAGCCUCUUGGAGAUCACUCUUCUUUUUUUUCCUCUGGGAGGAGGAUGGGGGGUAAUUGGGAAAAAACAAGUAAUUUCUGUACAGAAAAUAUGAAAAUAUUUGGCUGUCCACUUCUAUCUUGCAACUUUUAAUAAAAACGGACAUUUGA